GCCUGUUGCUCCGCCCGCCCGCCCGCCAUACGGAGCAUGCGCAGUGCUCCCGCUGGCUGGCAGCUCGGCCGGGCCGGGUUGAGGCGCCGCGCUGCAGGCCGGGAUCGUGGAGGACCGGAGCGAGGGUCAGAGCGCAGCCCCGGCGAAAUGGCGGACGUUGAGAGCCAGGAGCAGGAGGCGGCGGCGACCGAGGCCGACUGGAGCCGCAACGAGCGCCUGGUGGCCACCGCGGCGCAGGAAGACCAAGAAGCCGCGGAUUCCUCUGGGAAAAGUGGCAACGAAGAGAAUGGGGAAGUGUCGGACGAGAACCGCGACCCCAACACCGCGCCCGUCAAGCCCAUCAAACACAAGAAAAAGAAGCACAAGCAUCGGAGCAAACACAAGAAGCACAAGCAUACUUCAGAAGAUGACAAGGAGCGCAAACACAAGCAUAAACACAAGCAUAAAAAGCAUAAGAGGAAAGUGGCCGAGGGGUUGGAGAAGGAUGACGAUCACUCAAUUAAAAGACCCAAGUUUGACGACUAUGCUCUGUUGGAGGACUUGGAGAAGCAGAGGGCGAUGAUAAAGGCUGAAUUGGACAGUGAACUCAUGGAAGGAAAGGUUCAAUCUGGCAUGGGCUUGAUUUUGCAGGGAUACGUGUCGGACUCGGAGGAAGAGGGAGAGAUCCACGAGAAAGCCCACAACGGCGAACGGGUCGCUUCCGGCCGCGACGUUUCCGAAAUGCUGCCCGCGAGAGACAAAGUGAAACGGGAAGCCGUCGAAUCUAAGCCCGCUUCAAAGAGGAAAAGCAGGUCGAAAGACAGGACUAAACACGCUAAGGCGGAGAAAAAGAAAAACCGGGUGGGCUCGGAGCACCGGAAAGAGAAAGAGAAGAUGCGGAGCGAGUCGCACGAACGGAAACGCUCAAAGAGUCCCCUCAAAGGCAGCAAGGCCGGAGAGAAGAGCAAGUCUCCCAUCUCGGCUAAAAGACGAUCGCAGGAGAAGAAACGGAAAUUGACUCCAACGGAAGAUAGCUCCAAGCCGAAGGAUCGCAAAACCAUGGCGGAAAGCAAAACGAGAGAGCGGAAUAAAAAGUCCAAGUCUCCCGUGGUGAAGCCCAGCAAGGCGGUCGACAGAAGUCAGAGAUCCAAAUCCAAAGAGCGCGAGAAGAGGCCGCGGAAAUCUGAGGUGGAAAAAGAUAAAAAACCCGCAAAGUCGCCCCCGAGGGACGCGCCCUCUGGGAAGGAGAACCGAUCUCCUUUGAGGAGGCCCCCACUCUCUCCCAAACGGAGGAGCCUGUCCCCAAAGCACCGGGAAAGGUCGACCAAGCACAGCCGAUCACCGAUCAUUAACGAUCGCCUGCCUAAACCAAGCCAGUCUCCCUCGCGGAAUAUGUCCCCGCCCAGAAGAGCUAAAAGCAGAUCUAUAGAGCGAAGGCGGAGAGAGAACGACCGUGCCAGGGGUCUAUCACCAAGAAUGCGGUCUCGAGAUGACCCACCGAACAGGCUGGAUCGAACAAGAGAUAUCAGCACGUCUCGUCGGUCCCCCAUCAGGCGAAGGCUCAGCAGAUCUCCGAUUCGGCGGCGAUCACGCUCACUUCUCAGGCGAAGCCGUUCUCCCAGGAGAAGAAGCCGAUCUAGGAGGAGGUCUUUGGACAGAGACUGGAAUCGGCGAAGCAGGUCUCGCCGAAGGCGAUCCAGGUCACGGGGUCGGCGCAGAAGAAGAAGCGGAAGUCGAGACAAAGAAGAUAAAUUCAAGGGAAGCCUUUCUGAAGGAAUGAAAGUUGAACAGGAAUCUUCUGAUGACAAUCUGGAGGAUUUUGAUGUAGAAGAGGAAGACGAAGAAGCUGUUAUUGAACAAAGACGGAAAGAAAGACAGGCGAUUGUUCAGAAAUAUAGACACCCAAAUGAAGACAGCAACAUGUCUGGGUUGUCCGAACCAAAUAGUCCCCAGAGCAGCUCGCGGAGCCGCUCCCCGUCUCCCGACGACAUCCUGGAGCAAGCCGCCGCCGACGUCAAGGAGUACGAGAGGGAGAACGUCGACACGUUCGAGGCCUCCGUCAACGCCAAGCGGAACCUCAUGGCACUCGAGCAGAAAGAAGGAGCUGCUCUGAAGAAGCCAACUGUUCCAGAUAUGUUUACAGAAUCUGAUGACAUGUUUGCUGCUUAUUUUGAUAGUGCCCAUUUGAGAGCGGCAGGCUUUGGGAAGGAUUUCAAAGAAAAUCCCAAUCUCAGGGAUAACUGGACCGACGCAGAAGGAUAUUAUAGAGUGAAUAUUGGGGAGGUUCUGGAUAAGCGUUACAGUGUAUAUGGUUACACUGGGCAGGGAGUCUUCAGUAACGUUGUACGUGCCAGAGAUAUGGCCAGAGCCAGCCAGGAGGUGGCAGUGAAAAUCAUCAGAAACAACGAGCUCAUGCAGAAGACGGGGUUGAAGGAGCUGGAGUUCCUGAAGAAGCUGAACGAUGCCGAUCCAGAUGACAAGUUCCACUGCCUGAGGCUCUUCAGGCAUUUCUACCACAAGCAACAUCUCUGCUUGGUCUUUGAACCUCUGAGCAUGAAUUUGCGAGAAGUGCUGAAAAAAUAUGGGAAAGAUGUUGGUCUUCAUAUAAAGGCGGUGAGAUCAUACAGUCAGCAGCUGUUCCUUGCUCUGAAGCUGUUGAAGAGAUGCAACAUCCUCCAUGCCGACAUCAAACCUGACAAUAUCCUGGUAAACGAAUCCAAAACCAUCCUAAAGCUUUGUGACUUUGGCUCAGCUUCUCAUGUGGCUGAUAACGAUAUAACUCCGUACCUCGUCAGCCGAUUCUACCGUGCGCCUGAAAUCAUCAUUGGGAAGAUUUAUGAUUAUGCCAUAGACUUGUGGUCAGUCGGCUGCACCCUUUAUGAACUGUACACGGGGAAAAUUCUCUUUCCUGGCAAAACCAACAAUCACAUGCUGAAACUCAUGAUGGACUUAAAGGGCAAAAUGCCAAAUAAGAUGAUCAGAAAAGGGGUCUUCAAGGAUCAGCACUUUGAUCAGAAUCUGAACUUCAUGUACAUUGAAGUGGAUAAAGUGACAGAACGGGAGAAAGUGACUGUCAUGAGCACUAUUAACUCCACGAAGGACCUACUGGCGGACAUGAUCGGCUGCCAGCGCUUGCCGGAAGAUCAGCGCAAAAAGGUUCACCAGCUGAAGGACUUGCUCGAGCAGAUUCUCAUGCUCGACCCUGCCAAACGUGUCAGCAUCAACCAGGCCCUGCAGCACCCCUUCAUUCAGGAGAAGAUUUAAUCGCCGCAUUUAACGGGUUUGAGCAAUUAAACAAAAAAAAAAGACUGGGAAAGUCAGAGAAAAAAAGUAUUUUAUUAUGUGUGAACCACAAUGUUUACCCUGAAAUAUGCAUGAAGUUAAAUUAAAAAGAAAAGAUGUUACUUCUCACAGGAAUAUGAGUCACUGUAAAUAUAUUGAUUUGUUUUUUUCCAGAAUGUUUUCUUCAUUCUUUCACUGUAGUUUAACUGCUAAGGCUGCACAAAAACUGUUCAUUGAAGUUAUUUUAAAAAUCUUGUAAGCAGGCGACUGAUAUUUUGAGGGAGGGCGACUAUUGGCUCUCUAGGCUGGCGAGACCCACCUUUGUUUGUGUUUUUGUGCAGGCUUAGCCCAAUCCUUGUCUCUCUGUGACAGCGGCUGAGGUAAAAAUGAUGUUUAUAUUCACAUUUUCCUAGGUGUGUACGCAGGCCAGCAUUCCCUUGGUGUACUCAGUGCCGAAGGGGUGUGUGACCCUACCUGUGCCUGCUCGAGAGGUGGUCACAUCAUCUAAAGCAGGUUGUGUACCACUUUCAGUACACUGAAGGCAAAUGUUACCUUCCACACUUGAGCAAAGCAGCUGCUUUUUAAAGCGAAAGAGAGAGAGAGAAAGAAAGAGAGAGAGAGAGGGGAGCACGUUACUGCUCUGGAGGGCAGCAGGUCACGUCACCUGGUCCGUGGGUUCUGCCUCUGCAUGAGAUGCCUCCUUCAUCUCUCCACAAGGUGGAACCUGAAGGGAGGAGAUGCAUAUUGCAAGAACGUGAAGACUGAAUUAAGGUGGGGACGAUUGUAAAUGUGCUCCUCCCACGAUGCAUCAUUAUCUUAGCCCCGUCACAACUUACCGCCUUCAGAGUUCUUCAGUGUUCAAUGAAAGUGAAGAUGGUGGUUUUUACACUAAUGUUUGUCAAUGCCUUUAUACCCCAGUAGAUUUGAAUUGUUUGUUUGUUUGAAAUAUUUCCAGAUUGUAAAUGUGUUAGAUUUGAACCUGGGUAGUAAUCAUUCUUUAAACACUGUGAGAAAGUUAUAAUUGCAAAGCAAUAGACUAUAAUACUCUUGGCAGGUAUUGAAUACACGACAAAUGAGUGCAUUUUGUCAAGUUGUAACAUGUAAAAAUACUGCGCUGUGACAUUUCAAAUGUUUUCAUUAAAUUGCUUCUGUUAAAUUAA